GCAGGGUCGUUUCCGAAGGCAUAACAAAAAUGGCCGCCCCUCUGAUUGCUAUGGCCGUGGCUCUUCGCCGUCGCCGACGUGAACACGGAGAGCCAGACGACGCGUUUGACAUGCCGGAUGACCAUUUUCGACGGCAUUUUCGACUCUCGAAGGGAACGGUGCGGUUGUUGUGCGAGGAACUGGCGGGGGAACUAGAAGCGGAGCGAGCGACGGGACUGUCGGUGGAGCGGAAGGUGUUGUGUGCGCUGCGCUUUUUUGCCACUGGGAGCUUCCAAGCGUCCGUUGGGAGCGAGGAGACGAUUCGUGUGUCGCAGUCGACAGUGAGCGAGUGCGUGCGACGGGUGGCAGAGGCUGUUGUGAAGGCCGGGGCGCGCAACAAGUGGGUGCAUUUUCCUAAGGCGGCCGAGGAAAAGGCAGCCGUAAAGGAAGGCUUUCUUCGGCGCGGUGCUAUCCCCGGUGUCAUAGGAUGCGUCGACGGCAGCCUCGUAGCUAUUGUCGCACCGAAGGGUGAGCGCAAGGCUGCGUUCAUGUGCCGCAAGGGAUACUACGCCCUCAACUGCAUGUUCAUCUGCGAUGCGGACAUGAAAAUCUUGGCCGUGGACCCUCUGCGACCGGGGUCGGACCACGACGCUUUUGUCUGGCGCACGACAUGGUUGCGCCGGCGGUUUCAAGCGGGCCGCAUCGUGAAUCCCGGAGAAUACCUCCUCGGUGACAGUGGCUACCCCUUGGAGCCGUGGCUCCUGACCCCAGUUCCUGGCCAUCCUCCAGCGCAGACAGCCGAGGGGCAGUACAACACAGCACAUGGCGCCAUGCGUUCCGUAGUGGAGAGGUGCAUUGGGCUCUUAAAGAGCCGUUUCCGCUGUCUUCAGCGAUAUCGCACCCUCCUCUACGAGCCGGAACGUGCAGCCAACAUUGUCGCGGCAUGUGCUGUGUUGCACAACCUUCGCCUGUCUGAGGGCAACAUAGACUCGGGCGAUGAUGACAGCGAUGACGACAGCAGCAGCAGCAGUAGUACUGAGCUCUGCGGUAAUGACGACCCCAUUCCGCAAGGUCUGCCCCGAAACACAGGGUCGAGAAUGAAUUAUUUGAGAGGCCGGGCCGUCCGUGACUCUGUGAUUGGAAUGUUUGGGACAACCCGUGCGCAGCACAUACAGUACCUGAGAAGUGUUCGGCGGCAGCUGCGACGUCAACAGCAGCGUCAGCAUCGCUAGGUGCAUGCACACAGUUGUAGCAUAACAUGUGCCGAAAAAUUGCAUUGUGCAUUUCAUGCUGUGAAAUUGCAGACAGAUUUCCCAUGCUAAGUUGUGGGUGAUGUUUAUGUAAUGCAAAGCAUUCAUGACUGGUCAAGGAAUGUAAAAGUUGUGUAGUGAACCGUUAUGUAAGGCCUGCAUUUAUACUAAGUGAAACAGUAUGUUUAGUGGCGACAUAUAAGAUUGAAAGCAAGCUAAAAAUAAGUGUAUUUUCAAAGGGUCUGCCAUGAUUUGCAUGUUGCUGCUGUCGUCACCUAGAUGCCCUGCGUGCCAUGCAUGUAGCCUGCAGUUGUCAUAAUUAUUUCUACUCGUAUCGGUGAAGUUCUGUGUUCCCUUACGCGUUGAUGGACAGAAACGCCUGUCUACUUGCUUUGUAUUCGUCGCAGAGAAGCUCCCAAAAGCCAAAAUGUACAGUGUACGUCACACCUUCCGCUCCAUUGAACGUGCUGUUACACGUGCAACUUCUAGUUCCUGCGCCAGUUUGUCUCGCAACAACCGCAAAGUGCCUUUGUAGUGACGAAAAUGCCGUCCACCUGGUCAUCCGACAUGUCAAAUGCUGUGGCUCCUGUGAAGUGUGGCACGCAUGAGCAGUUGAUACAUUUCAACAAAGUGCCCUCAAUUGUAAAUAGCUGAACUCGGGGAAUGGAAUAUUGCAGAGUGUGUAAUUACAUUUCCACAGUGCAAGCUAGCACUGCAAAUACAGUAGCGCCAUGCAAAUAAAAGCACCAGAACACUGCACCUUUCCGUAUUAUUUCACCCUUCAACAUACAGACAUUUUUUUGGUAACACUUGUUUAUGUACACAUCACGUGCGACAGUCUCUACAUUGAAUAAGUGCGAGAACAGUGAGUACUGCAGCAGUAGAGACAUAUGCAACAUAUCACAGACAAGUUGCAAUAAAUAUUGCAUCACAUUGUUCUUGCAUCUGAAAGAUUCACAGGUAACGGCAGGCAUCGUGUAAGGAAAGUGUUGUACGCUGCACAAAUAUGCAGAAAUAGCAACUGGCUUAAACUGCACCUGAAAAAGGUGCAGGUGCUUAAAUCACGCAUCGACAGAAGAAUAUCACUGCAAAAUAUGUAGGUACAUCACUACGUGUGAAAGGAACAUGCUGUCGUGGAGUUCCAUACUGAAAAAGAAAGCCAUAACAUCUUGCUUUGAUAUUGAGUAAGAGAAACUGCAUAAAUAUUGCACACGAGGGGUAAACGUACAAUGUAUCACAACCAUGAAAGAACACUGAAUCGCAACGAAACCUGGUAAUGAAAAACAAGAAAAGGACGUCAAGCCCUGUAUGUCACGGCAACGAAUUAUAUAAACCAUGGAAAAACACUGAACGACAACAAAACGUACUCAUGAAAAAGAAGACAGUAGGCCCCCUAUGUCACGACAAAAAAGAAAUAACCAUGAAAUAUCAGUGAAUG